AUGGACCAGAAACGUCGGAUUUGCUACUCCACCACUCGAUUUGAACGGCUGGCACUUGCACGAUUUGAGAUCUGCUUGAGCCCCUACUGCUAUCGUUUGUUUUCCAAGAAUCAAUAUCUAUCCCUCUCCCAACCGUCAAGCUGGCAUACUCUACGUACACCUGAGCCUCUCUCGUCUCAUAGACCUAUAAUCCUGGACGAAUCCUACGCCUCGCCCGAGAGUGCAGCCUUCCACGAAGCAGGGUACGAGGGAGCCCUUGUGGCUAGGGUGGAUUCUCCCAACGAUCUCCUUUCCAUGUCUGCCUACGGGAAACCAGCAAAUACCCAAUCUCAUGGCUAUAAUACUGGCCGGACAUAUACUGAAGGCCCAUUUCCCUACGCAUCGCCGGUGUAUGAGGCCCAGUCCCUGUCCGUCCCUGCAUCGACUGCGCCGGGCUUCCAAAGUACAACACAGUUGACGCCAAUGGCCUACCCUGCCAAUUCUGUCCAUGCCCACACCCACGCCCAUGUGCCCUACGAUGACCAGUCUGGACCUUAUCUCAAUGUCGGAUCUACGCCAGUUCCAGAGGUCAAGUCAUUUUCUCCUCAUUCGGGAUCUGAGGAUACCAAAAUCUAUGUUUCUAUCACUUCUCUCUACGAGCUUAUGACAAGCAGUACGCCGGAAUUCUUCUUAAUGUUUGGUCACCGGAAAUGCCAGGCUUCGCUGGCGAAAGCCAGUCAGCAGGGAGGCGUGUGUCAGUACACUGUCACAACCGAGGUUCCACAUUUCUCGGCCACAAACUGGGGAAGCGCACAAGUGCCAAUAGAUAUGUUUAUGGAAAGCGGAGAUGGAGAUGUGAUGGGAAAAGUCGCUGUGGGCAAAUUCACAUAUCUGUCCGGUUCGACACAAGGCGGCAGCGAAACGCCUCAAGAUCUAUCAAGGAAGAGGAAGAUCUCUUCAGAGUCUGCAGAGCUCCAGAGUCCCAUCAAACGGGCUUCAAUACAAGUACUGCGACCGAAAGAGGAGUUUAGCACCUAUGGAUACUCCGCAGCAGAUGGUGGCUCCUAUGCCCCGUAUCUGCAACCGAGUGCUUCGUAUGGCAAUCUUCUACCACAAUACAACCGGUCUGUAGGUGGGUACCAGACGCAACCGUCAACAAGGCAUCUUGCAUAUAGUUACUCGAAUUCUGCCACGGCUUCUCCCCCGACAAUGAAGGCGCAAUCACCACAAGUGGGGAGCUGGAGCCCUGCAUACGGAGCAGUUAGUUCGAACAUGGUGCGUAGCCCAGGUAUACCCUCAAGUGGAGGUGUCACUCGACCAUCCUUAUCUGCUCUGCCUUCACCAGCAGCUUCUGCAAAUCCACGGUUGAUUAGAACAUCAACACUGCAGCAAACCCCAAUUCCUGCAUCGACUCCACAUGCGGCCCACCCUGGUCAACAAUUCAAUGCAUAUGCACUUUACCCGCACAAAGCUAAACUUGAGAUCAACGGUGAUUUGGACGCUAUGGCCCAGAGCUGGUCGGAAGAAGAGUGGGACUUGAAAAGACGACUAGUACAUUUUCGGAGGUCACAAGCUGGAAGUACCAUCACCACAACGUUUCAACCGGUCUCUGUAGACGAGCGACCGCAGGACAGCGUCUGCAUCAGUUGCAUCUAUUGGGAAGAGAAGCAAGAUUGCUUUGUCACCAGUGUUGAUACGAUAUAUCUUUUGGAAAGACUUGUUGCGGUCCAAUUUACGGUGGAGGAGAAGAAUAGGAUACGGAGAAACUUGGAGGGAUUCCAUCCGGUUACUGUCUCCAAGGGAAAGUCAGACAGCGAGGAGUUUUUCAAAGUCAUCAUGGCCUUCCCAACCCCUAAGCCACGCAAUAUUGAAAAGGAUGUCAAGGUCUUCCACUGGAAAGACUUGGCCUCUGCUCUGAAAAAGAUCUUUGGCAAAUACUCUGCAGGCCCGGCGUCAACAUUACCUCCAGCGCCCGCGCUUCUCACACCAGUCAGCUCGACCGGUUAUGCGACUGAAGGCUCAUCUGCCGGCCUCUCUUAUGCCAGUGAUCAUCAUGGGGCGAUUUCGCCCCGCUCGAUAACAGGUUCAACAUCUUCAACGGCAUACGCGGGUAACAUGCCCACGCGAGUGCUUUCUCCACAUAGCCAGAAGUCGAUGGCCCUUCAAGGCGGCCCUCCCGAUCUUCGCGUUUCACUUCCCCAGAACCCCCACGAAACACCUGGGCACUGGCCAGGGGGCCAUCAUCACAUGCAGGCUUCGCAGCAACAGUACCAGCAGCAUCUAGGCAGUCAGAGCGGUCGAGCCUCGUGGGACAUAUCUUCAGUAGGGGUAGCAUAUCUCGACAACGGCCCCGCGACUACCGCCGGUAGUUCUGCAGGAUCCCAGUCACUGAACUAUUCUCGCAGUGUUAACGUUGGGGAGCAAACCAGCGAUAACAGGAUCGCGAGAAGUCUAUCUGUUCAACAGCAGAGUCACCAGAUGCCGCGUACGUGA